AUGGAACUCCCCAAGACAGCCCGAGUAGCCCUCGACGGCGACAUCUCCGUCUUCUACCGCUACACCGGCGCCCCCGAGAAACCCGUACUUCUCCUCCUCCACGGCUACGCCAACAGCUCCCUCUACUACAAAGACCUCAUGACCCUGCUCUCCCCCUACUACCGCAUCUACGCCCCCGACAUGCCCGGCUUCGGCUUCACGACCGUCGACUUCGCCAAGUACGACUUCACCUUCGCCAACGGCGCGACGGUGCUCGGCCGCUUCGUCGACGCCCUCGGCAUCAAGAAGUUCGCAGUCUACAUUUUCGAUUUCGGCGCGCCGUGGGGUCUGCGGCUGGCGCUGCAGCGGCCUGAUGCUGUUACGGCUAUCAUUAGCCAGAAUGGAAAUGCCUACGAUGAAGGGUUGGGUAAGCCGUGGGAGGCGAUGCGCAACUUCUGGGCCUCCAACUCCGACGCUGGACGAGAAGCGCUCCGGACGCGAGUAAGGACUUUCGACCGCGCCAAGGGGCAGUAUAUCGAAGGGAGUAUUGAGAAUGGCGACAUUGUCGACCCGGCAGCCUACCAUCUGGACCACGCGCUGCUGCAGCGACCCGGCGUGAUGGAUGCAAUGCUGAGCUACUUCUGGGACUACCGCACGAACGUCGACAUCUACCCAGAGUUCCAAGCCUACCUGCGCGAGAAGCAGCCCCCCGUCCUGGCGGUUUGGGGCAGACACGAUGUCAGCUUCAUCUACCCCGGCGCAGAGGCGUUCAAGAAAGACGUCCCAAAGGCGGAGGUGCAUUUGUUGGACGCUGGGCAUUUUGCCCUGGCUGGCUUGGAGGAUGUGUUUGCUGCGCUGAUGCAUCGUUUCUUGGCUGCGCACGUCACUCGGCAGGCGAGUGUCUAG